AUGGACAAGAUACAACCACAACUGCACCCUCCGCCGACAUCGUCGUCGGUGUCGACUACAAAGUCUUCUGGGGACUCAGAACCAUUCAAAAGGCGUAGAACAAGGUCAGGGUGUGUUACGUGCAGAGAUAGACACAUAAAAUGUGACGAGACGCAACCUGUCUGCAACAACUGUCUACGACUGAAGCGUGUGUGUUAUAGAGGAUUGAGACUAAACUUUACACAAUACAUGCUUUAUGACCCACGAAAAGAUAUUCCACAUUGUUAUGGGGAGGUUUCGAGCACAACGCAACCUCACAGAAUAUUAGAUCAAUCAAUCACAAUAGCGGCAUUGUAUAAUGGAUUGGAGAAGUACCGACCGUAUAUGCAUUUGCAUUCUCAGCAAGAUCUUAGGGACUCAGAUUUAGAAUAUCAAGACGAGACCUAUUUACCGCCCAAUGAUUCAAUGCUGUUAGGGCAAUCCAACACAAUGGUUGGAAGACCCGUACAUCAUGAAAAGAGUGGAAUUAUUUCGAUGAACACACAAUUAGAGCGUUUGGCACCAAUAUCAAAGUACACACGGGCAACUCCGAAUCCGGAACCUCCUCUUGCCUACCCCAACCAGAUCGUCAUGAAUUCUUUGCAACAGUCGCAAUCAGAGACAGUUCUACCUUCUUUGCAUUUCACAAAUACACAACAACAGCUGCACACUUUAAGCUACCCUACUACAAUUCCUCCAAUGCAAGUUACAUCUCCUGUACAAUACACCAAUUUUGUGGUCUACAAUACAAACCCCUUAAGUUAUGAUCCUCAGCACUACAUAAAUUUAUUGGUUAAAGAGCAAUACUUUUGGUUGCUUGAUCAAUUCAAUGAUUUUAACAUAUGGCAAACCAUCAUCCCAGUGGUGUGCAUUAAAGAGAGUGACAAUUUUCUAUUUUCAUGUUUAAUGAACUGUUCUCGAGACCACAACGUCUCCGAUGCUAUCGAUUUACGGCUUUUGAUUGAUUUUCAAAAUUUCAAGUACAAUCAGGUCAAGGAUAUUGAAAUUAUUCAAACGUCAAAUUUGUCACUCUUUGAGACCUUGUUGAUUAGUGUUUGUUUGAUUUUGUUGGGAAUGUAUUUGAAAAUACCUCACGGCAAACUCACAUCCCUUCAUAAACAAAUACUCAACCACCAAUCGAACUUGUUUGAUCAACUUUUGUCCAAACUAUUUAUAUAUUUCAUGCAUUCCGGAAGUUCAGAAAAGUCAUUAAUCAUCUCCUCAUGCAUUCAGUCAAUAACGAUUUUAAAGUUCUUUAUGAACAAGUACUAUGACUUAGCAUUUAUACAAAAGCAAUUCACACAAUACGCAGAUAGCGUUGCACCUGAUGAAAUUGACAAUUCCAGCUUUAUCAAAUUCAAUUCGUAUGAAAUCAAUUUUCUCAAUACUUCGUACCACAACGUUGACAUCACAUCACGGUUUCAAAAUGCAAAUUUUCAAUCAUCGAAUGCAUUACUGCAAAACGUCAAUCUCGCAACGUCAUCUCAAGGUCCAGGCUUUGAAAACAAAUUGACGCAAUCUAAAUUAACUGAAGCUGCGAAACUCAAGGAAUUGUUAUGGUAUUUAAUCAAGCUAGAUUAUGUCAUCAACUUUCCUGACGAUGCCGCACAAUUCUCAACGAUAAACAGUGCCGAACAAGUACUUGAUCCACAAUUACAAAUCGUUACCCCCGAGCAACUCUUCAUUCAGUCUCAUUCUUAUGAUCCAAAACGUGUUUCUCGUGCCAUUUUACAAAAUUUCACUUUCAAGUUGCUAAACAUGAACAACGGAAUCAUUGUUCAGCAAUCAAACUUGAGAAUUCAGCUGUACCUCGAAAUGUCUAAACACAGUGGUCCAGAGGAUGAAAUGAGUCGCCUGCAGUGCAUGCAUUACUUUGGGUGGACCCUAAGGUAUGUCAACAUUAAUUAA